AUAAGUUUGUGAGUUGCCUUUGGUGCUUGGCACGGAGAAGAACAAGGAAGUGGCGGUGAAGAAACCUUGCUCAUUUCAAAAGCAGGAAGAGCGAGAGAGCCGAGAAGGGGCUUCCAGGCCAUUGCUUCCACCCAGGAAUCGAGAUUCGGAGAUAACUACCUCUCUAGAAAACUCGCUUGUGAAUGUCCCCAGACAAGAGAUUUUUGAACCGGAACCAUCCUCUCCAGAAAACGGUUACUCGUUUGGCUUGACCAAAAUAAGUCAGCAGUAUUGUUGAGAACACGCUUAGAAAAUGGGAUCUUCGGGCAAAGAUUUUGGCCAAGAGCUAAGUGAUCAGAUCAACGACGUUCUGAGCCGGCUGGAAAGCAAAGAGAUGUUCCAGUCCACCUGGGACAUCGUAGCCUUUGCUAUUUUUUUUACCUUCAUAGGCGUGAUCCUCUUGUUGGCCUUCCUCGUUCUGAUCCGCUGCUUUUGCUGCUGCUGCGAGUGCGACUCUCCCAGAUCCUACAACAAGAUCCCCAGGAAAAAAGUUGGCAUCGAUAACAUGGGCCUGGAGCCUUAAGUCUUGCUGAAACGGAGGAACGUGGCUCCCCAGCGUUGGCGCUCGCUGGUUUUUUCUCUGCUGAAAUUAAUUGUAAACUCAGCCUCUCCCAGAAAAGGGUGCAGAGGACUGGGGGGGGGGCUCCAUGAGCUGACACGCUUGAUAUAUUUUCUCAUCCUGCUGUAUUAAUAGAGCUGCCAUCGCUGUGAAUCUUUGUUUCUUAUGGGAAUGGCUAUUUAUGCUGAAUAAAACCACUUGAUUUCAACAGGAACACAA